CCCUAAAACGCUAGUAUUGUUUUGGUUGCUUUCGAUGGCAGAAGCCAAAAUUGAAGAGAUCGGUUGUGAAGACAGGAUCAGUGCUCUACCGGAAGAUGUACUCGUAGAGAUAUUGGAUCUUCUCCCGACAAAAGACGUAGUAGCCACCAUGAUUCUGUCAAAACGAUGGCUGUCGAUUUGGACGAUGGUAAGGACACUUGAGUAUAAAGAAGACAUGGAUGAUGAAAGCAAGAAGAGCGUUUGGUGGUUUCUUAACAAAUCAUUGCAACUCCACAAGUCACCUGUAAUAGACAGCUUGUGUAUUGAACUUGGUCCACAGUGCCCUACUACUGAUGAUGUUGAUAUCGGAAAGUGGGUUGCAAAAGCUGUUGAUUGUUUGGUGUGGACGCUAACAAUCAAGCUCCUCUGGUCCGCAGGUCCAACCAGCUUGCCCAAGAGCCUUUACUCUUGCGACACUCUUUUUGAACUGACUCUCUCCGACCAGAUUCUCGUGAAUGUUCCUUCUUCUUCUUCCGCCUAUCUCCCAUUCCUUAGCGAUCUCGAACUAAUCCGUGUUGUGUAUAAAGACGAGGAUUCUCUCGUUACCUUGUUAUCGAGCUGCCCUGUUCUUGAGACCUUGUUCGUGAAAAGGAAAAUAGAUGACAAUGUGAAAAAGUUUACCAUCAAAGUGCCUUCUUUAUUGUACUUGUGGUAUAUUAAUGACUCGUCUGAUGUAGUAGACUAUACUGAUAGGUGUUUGGUUGUAGAUGCUCCUGCAGUGAACACCUGUCGAAUCACCGAUUAUUCACUAGACUCUUUCUCCAUCGAGGAUAUGCCCUGUCUCCAGGAUGCAAAUAUCAAUGUUGAAGAGUCUUAUCAUCCGGAUGACAAAUUUCUAACUUCUUUUUCUUCAGUCUUGUCUCUUCAUUUGAAUUUGUCUGAUGCAAUGGUUAUGCGUUGUACCAACGUCAACUUCUCUCGACUUAUAAAGUUAAGCAUAUGUCCGUAUGGACCAGACAUGUUGGAAACACUCCUACUUUUACUUAAAAAUGCUCCAAAACUAAAAGAGUUUUUGGUAGAUUAUGUACGUAUCAUCCUCCUCCUCUUCUUGCUUUAAUGGACUAAAAUCUAU